GGAAUAAUGUCAUGAGAACAAUCCAUGGGGUUGGAGAGAUGAUGACCCAGAUGGUCCUCAGCCGUGGAUCUGUCCUUCCAAUUGCAGUUCCAGAUGUUCAGCCCAGUCUGCACACCAGCAAGCAGACUAGUGACAGCGAGGACAUAACCGUGAUGGACACUAAACUGAAGAUCAUUGAGAUCCUACAGUUUAUUCUCAGUGUACGGCUGGAUUAUAGAAUUUCAUAUAUGUUGUCCAUCUACAAGAAGGAGUUUGGAGAUAAUGGAGGCACUGUGGACAACUCAACGAUUUCAACAACCUCACCACCAGACACGCCAACCCUAGCAGCCGUUGUUCCUGAUAUUGAUGAAAUAGCAGCAAGAGCUGAGACCAUGUUUGCUGGAAGCAAGGAAAAGAAUCCUGUGGAAUUGGACGACGAAGGUGGCAGGACCUUCCUACGGGUUCUCAUUCACCUAAUCAUGCAUGACUAUCCACCGCUGCUCUCUGGGGCUCUUCAACUGCUUUUCAAGCAUUUUAGUCAGAGGGCAGAGGUACUACAAGCCUUCAAACAGGUUCAGCUGCUGGUGUCAAAUCAGGAUGUCGACAACUACAAGCAGAUCAAGGCUGACCUGGACCAAUUACGGCUGACGGUGGAGAAGUCUGAACUUUGGGUUGAAAAGAGCAAUAGUUACGAGAACGAGGAACUGGGAGACGGGCAGGCCAAGGAUGGCAAAGAGCAGAUUAAUGAGGACACAAGUAUUCUGGGUCCUGUUGAAGAUGGAACCAAGAAGCCUCAGAUCGACAGCAACAAAGCCAACAACUACAAGAUUGUCAAAGAGAUUCUGAUCCGGCUAAGCAAGCUGUGUUCACAGAGUAAGAAGGGCCGUAGCCAGCAGCAGAGACUUCUGAAGAAUAUGGGAGCACAUUCCGUUGUUCUUGAUCUUCUGCAAAUUCCCUAUGAAAAGACUGACGACAAGAUGAACGAGAUUAUGACCCUCGCUCAUAACUUCCUACAAAACUUUUGCCGUGGGAACCCACAGAAUCAAGUC